UCCAUCUAUCCAUCCAUCCAUCCAUUCAUUCAUUCAUCUACGGAGUACUUUGUAGAUGAGAGUCCUGACUUGUGGUAAGGGUACUCGAGUAAAGAGUUAUGAGUAUAAGACAUGCAUUAUCCCUUUCCUUGUCAACACGGAUUUGUACAGCUGGCGAUAACCCUAACAUGCUAAUGUGUAUAUAAUACAAGCACAAACUCUGCAUUCAAUACGAAAAAGAUCCGAUAUACGAGCAAACCAGCACAGCAAACCUCGGUUCCCACAAUGCGCAUGUCAUUUUCAAGGUCCUUGUUUGCAUUUUCAAUUCUUAUUUCUAAUCAAAUUCAUUGGUGCAAAUUCAAUUAAUUGUAUGCAUCAAAUCCCACAUUUGAUUGAUUUUUACUCCAUCUCACCUAUCACUCAUCAUCCCAUCCAUAUUAGUUACGAACGACAAGACAAAUAGAGCACGACAGGCAGGAGAGACUUGGUAUAUUGUGUAUUUAAUCUAUUUUUUAACGAAUUGAGGAAAAUGGAAAUAUAUUGUUUAUACAUUUCUGCCUUUAACUAUUAUCACAUUUCGAAGAUUACUUGCCUCAUAAGUUGAUAUAUACAUACAUACAUACAUCUAUCUACACAUAUCUACAUCUACAUCUACAUCUACUACAUCUCUACCUUCUUAUUGCCCUUUUAUUUAAACAUCUCUUCUCCCCUUCUCUCUCUACAAACUCUACAUUAGAUAAGAGAGAGUUUAAACCUCCAAAAUUGUGUACGUAUGCGCUUUCCCUGAUUUCAAGAGAAAGAGAGAGAUCUUUAGUCCUAUAGUUCCUAUUGUCAGUCCUAUUGCCUUAUCGUCCCCUACUUGUACAACUGCACAGCACUUUAUCCCCCUCCUCUCUGCCACUUUUCUUCCCUAGAUUUUGUAUUAAUUGCAGAACCAUUCUUACAGCCUUAUAUCUUUUGCUCUUCUUGAUUUUAUCAGAAGAAAUAGGAAUACUACCCACCACCUUUGUUGUCGCCUAAUCACAGAUCGUCAUUUUCCCUUCUUAUCUUGUGAUAGAGGGGCAGACGACGUAGGACAAACUUUCCAGUAACACAGAUCGCAAACAUCGAAAGACCUGUCACAUCCUCUCACAUCCUCUCACAUCCUUACACAACACGAGUGAAUGUACUCAGCCUCUGCACAACACGAAAAUCUCUAUUUGUUGAUCCGCUAUUGAAGCCCGGUAUUGGACAACGAAGUUAUUUCCAAUUUGAACGGGUUGAAGCCAAGAAUUGUUACUUGAGUGCGCGGGAUUCCAAACGUGCGAUACAGUUUGCCGCACAUUGGCUGUUUUGCCACAAAUUGUAUUUACAAUCUUUCUCUUUUGGUGGAAUGAAUGGAUGAUGUGCUAACUUCUCCGAAUUAGAGCCUCUCUCUCAACUUCUACAUCCAGGAUGACGUUCCUUUCGACGACCUAUCUCCUGCCCGGCAUAUUACUCAACCCCGCCUUCAUCUUACAUCUCAUGAAUACCUUCAUGUCACACCUCUUACCACCUCCUCCAACAAUGUCAACAUCUCCACAUCCAAUUUUUGAAAGUCUCGGACCAUUACCAGGGUCGCAGUGGGCAUUUGAUAUGCAUGAGGAUGAUGCGCUGUGCUGGAGAUAUACUGCUGUCAUGGUGAUAAUACAGAUGUGGGUAUUUGGUCGAGUUAGUGGUAAUAGAAUAUCGAUGAAAGAUGCAAGAGCUGUGAGAAUAGAGAGGGAACGAGUACGCAGGGAACGAAGUGCUCUUAUUGAUGCCGAAUCAACAUCCGCGAAAUCGACGAAUGGGCUCGACGGCAUAUGUGAAGUAGAGAAUGGUAGAAUGGGGAGGGCAGAACUUGUUGGCCGAGAUAACGAAGUAAUAGAAACUAGUGACGACAGUACAACCGAAACGAGCGAAGAAGAGAUCAUUGUAUGAUGAUACCGACUUUUACAAACAUGGCUGGUAUGGCGUUUUGAACGGUCGUUAUAGAAGGAAAUUGCAAACGAGGCAUAGUUAUUGGAUUGGAAGAAAUGAUUGUUAUGAUGGUUUGAUGUUGGUUUAUGGCUGGAAAAAGUUGCAUCGAGGAGUUCCCUGGAGAGAAUACCUAAAGAAUCAACCACAACCCUUCACCUUUUCGAUUUAUACUGGAGUAUUGUGUUUUCGCGGUGCGAGUAACUUUGUGGGCAAUGAAUGUCGAAUCUGAUAGGCACAACCUCGUUUGUUCAAUGCA